UGCCAGUGUAAAAGUCUAAGAGUGGGAUGACGACUGAACGGAUUCGGGUUUCAUGAUGGCUGCUAUGAGUGACGAUUGGUGCUGUAUUCGUUUCUCGCAGUGGCACUAGUACCUAUAAGUGCUAUAGGCUUUGUAAUUUUGCCGAGUCGCCAUGUAUGUCAGCAGACUCUACUGAGUGUGACGAAGCGAAAAAGAGCAUUUCAUAUUGGCAACUAAUGAUGGCGGGUGUUGAGAAUAUCCCUUUGAUUGGACUGGUUGUCUACACCUUCGCCUUUCCAUAUAUAUGCCUCCCCCUCUUGUACGCUUUAAGAUUCACACUAGUCUGGUACUCACCUCGUAAUCAGACUCUUGUGGUAGUCGGCCUAGCACUCAUUGCGAUAUCAUUUGGAACGGCAGCCUUUCUCUUGUGGGGAGAUGUCUGGAAUGAAACCAAAUACGGAUUUAUCAUAGCUAAUGCAUGGGGCAUGUUUGCACUGUCCGUACGUCUGGCCACAACUUUAAUGAUGAUAGCCUGCCGGAAGUUGGUGUCCAAGUGGCAGCGUCCGGUAUCGAGCUGGAUUAUCAGUAUCUCGUUCACUUUUUUUGUUCAUUCCGCUGUGCUUUUUGAUCACCGUGUUCCUACCGAAAGCCACGUGGAAGGUUAUCAAUGGCUUUAUACGAAUUAAAGAAAUCAAGUUUAC